UCUAAGUUAUAGCUCUAAAGGUGUAUGAAAAAUGUAAGCGAGUAAAUUAAUUGUAUCUGCAACUCAAAGUGCAUGAAGUACUUGACGGUUUUCAUUUUUUUCCAUCUAGAAUAUACGACAUCACAGUUAGAGAAACGCUACGAAACGUUUUUAGAAAAACGAUCGUUUCACAGCGUUCGUAUUAGCAGAUGUGAAAUGCGUUAAACCGGUCAGCAUUAACGCGUUUCGCAACUAUGGAAAAAUGCGUUUUGAGAACGCGUUUUUUUCGCAGAAAUUUACGCCAUGGGCAGAACUAGUCUUACAUUUCCAGAGAGAGAAAAAAUUCAUUUAACUUCUUCUUGGUUUUUUGUUGCUGAUAAUUUCAUCAGAAUUCAUCUCCUUAAAGUGUUCAAGUCUUGUCAAGUAGCAUACAAUGAUAAAUUUAACAAAAAAGAUUUUCAAACAGUUUUUAUGGAAUUCAAAUUAUUUGUUCUGUCAAAGUGCAUUUUCUGUCCGUGACAGCGAUGUAAUACUAAAUCUACUAUAGGGUAUACAUUUACUUGAUUAAUUAAACAUGAUAAUACAUUAAAUUACUUAAUUCAAUCAAUGAACUCUUUACUAUUUAUGCAAAGAAUUAUGACUGAGACGGAAUGAUCGCGAUUUAUUGAACGAUCACCUCGUGAUUAUUUUACUCAAGUGGCUGUGGAUGACUACGAUAGUUCUUAUUAAUACUUCCGAGUAGAAUGUUGAAUAGAACAGAAAAAAAUAUUGACGUACUUGACUAUUAGAGUUGAAUGCUUUACUUGAUUCGUAUAUGCAAACAUGUACAUAAAGAAAAAAAACAAGAUUGUUUUGGUGUAUGCAUGAGUAUCAGAUCUCCACCAAUAGAAUGAUUCCGUCGGGAGUUGAUUUUAAAUGAAGCCUUAAAAUAUUAUUGCAAUUACAACUAAAUAAGCUUCUGGUUACAAUCGUAAGUUUCAAAUCUGUUAAUCCUUCUCAAAAGUCAUUCAAUCUCACAUCGCAUCGUUCGAGAAAAUAUUCUUUAGUUACUUAUUUUUCAAUGUGUAUGUAUUAGAUAAUGAGAGCUGUGAUUGUCGCUCGUUACUUUCUUAUUGAAACCUGUUUUUGAUCCUGAGUUCAUGAAACAUUAAUCAUAACGGUAGAUGAAUAGCUUUCGGCAUUGUCUACGUUUAAUAAAUUACAUAUGAUAGUAUUUGCAUAACUCGUCCAAAUAGUAGUCUAUCUGUAUCGUUUAAAAGCAAUAGAAUCUUUAUAUUAUUUCUUAGCAACACUAAGUUUGACUAUUAUUCACAACAGAUAAGUAUUUUCGUUUGUCAGUUGUCGAGAGUCGUGAGUUAAUUGUCAUUAAAGGGACUAACCUAUAAAGGCGUUAUAUUCGACAUGAUAAUACCAUUGAUGAUUUCGAUAGUGAUAGACACAAAAGAAAAUGCUCGCAGUAUUGCCACUUGGUUUCGAGCUCGAACUUUAUUAGCUCAGUUUCAUUUUAUAAAGUAACUACUAUUCGAUGUCUGUUACAAGGAGUUUCGUUUGAACAGAAAAUGUUUGUUUACAGACUUAAGAUAAACUAGGCUCGUAAAAAGAUAUCGUGACUCUAGUAAACAAGAAAGUAAGUGUUAAUUUCGUUUGUUAUUGUGUCAAAGAAAAAAGAGUAUUAACAAACGCAUAAUUAGUAAAAUCAGAUGUACUUUCUUCUUUUUAUAUAGUUUUCGGACAAAUAAAAAAUGCUCUGUCUGUUAUGUCUGUCAUGUUUUAUUUACAGUGAAAAGAUGUUGAAGUCGAUGACACUAUGAUUAGAUCAAAGUGUUACUCAUAUUAAUAUUGGGACCUUGUUCUGAUUGCACAAUUGCAUUGUUAAUCAAUCAAUAUUUAUUUAAUGACGGACUUAUCAACAUAGUCGAAUGCAUUGGUUGAGGCAAUGCAACCAAUGCAUCCAGUUUCAAGAGUUAUUGCACUCCUCUCUAGAUGUUUCACACUUUAGUGGUUCUCAUGGUUUUCUAAAUAUAAAGUUCUACUUUUUUUUUGCUUUUGCCUUGGAAAAGAAAGAAGCGACAUGAUUACACAAUGAAAUUUUAUACUAACGGUGAGUCAUUUCUUGGAUAUUAUCAAUCGAUCUUUCCCUCAGCUUCUCUCUUCACAAGGAAAAAAAUAUGUAAUAAAAGAAGGGAGAAAAAGAACUGAAAGAUGAGCGUUGGCGUCUGAAUCUCAUGAUGACAAUGCAUUUUUUCUUCCUCUUUUUCUCUUUCUAGACGUUGCUAGUAACAGUGUAUAUAAGAGCAUUCUUUUUUCUUCCACGUACCACAUUAUCUUUCAAUUGAAAAGAAUUUUUGUCGACGCAUGACUCAUAGAAUAUUAUACACGAACCAUCAAGACUCUGCCAAUGGUAAGUAAGAAUACAGAAUAUCUGUAUUUAAUUGAGUCAUGACAUUUGUGAAGUAGAUUUUUCAAUGUUAGUUCUUUCUUCAUUCGCUAAUCGUUAUUUUAAAGAAAGCUAAUAGCAUUUAUACAAUGUAUAUUUUUGAAGACAAAUACUUCAGUUUUUUAUUUUACGCGUUUAGUAGUGUAUGUGCGCCUAGAUAUUUACUACUAUAUUUUUCACAAUGAGCACCUACAGGACUGCUCACAAUUUUAAGAACAAUGUAUGUCUUUUUUUUUUGUCAUUGUAUUUUAAUCAUUUCCUUUACUUCUAUAAUUGAUGUUUGUCCGCAUUUGAGAAUCAUAUUCGUCAAUAUGAUGGCUGAGACUUUGAAAGAAUAUGUUCAAUGAAAAUUUGCCAAUAUUUUUGUGCUCGAAAUAUCAGAAAAAAAUCUUCGUUUUAUACAAUUUAGAUAACUUAUUUAAGUAAAUGAAUAGUGUCUACUAAAAAAUGAAAUUUCUUCAAGAGUUCGUUACGAUUUUCUCAAAAAUAAUAGACUUCUCCAAAUAUCAGUGACACAGUUUCAUAAGUACAACACUUUACCUUCUGAAAUUCUAAAUAUUGAAGUGCACCAAUGAUUUCAAGCCAUUUUGGCUUGAUCAAUCAAACUCAAUGAAAUUUUCAGCUAUAGCCUGUUUUUACUUCUCGUUUAUAGACAAUAUUGAGACUCCUCUACUGAGUUUGAUCAUAGAACGCUCUAAUCAACCUGACAAGAAUGUUCUACAAAAGUGAGAUUUUACUGGUUUAAAUUUUUCACAGGCCAAAAUUAACAAGUUUUUACUAAACUUCUGCAUGGUUUUCUAAACAUUAUAAUCCUAUUAAGAAAUUCGAUUCUAUAUUUGGAUAGACCUAGAAGUAACAUAUAUAAGACACAUUACUUUCAAGAAAGAAUUUCGAGUCAAUGAACAAACUCAAUUAAUUUAAUCCUUGGUUUAAUUAUUUUUAAAAUCUGCUUUCCAUAAGAGCUGACUAUAAAAGUUUAAUUCAGAAAAAAUGACUUGAAGACAUCCGAUCAACUUUUAUUUAUUUUUGUUGUUGGAAGAGCCGAUUGUACGAAAGAAUUGUUAAUAUAAUCAGCUUUCGUUAUUAAAAAAAUUUGUUAAAGACUUCUCCAUCAGAAUUUUUCAUAAUCGAGUUUUAACUGAAUAAUCUUAUCGUUUUUAAAACUUUGACAAUUCCAUUGUUUUAAAUAAAUGAGGACUAGUAUUGAAGCCUUGAAUAAUUAACAAAUAUAUAGAACCGUUUGUGUUCUGUCAAAUCUUGUUUUUUUUUUGUUUUUGGUUUCAAGCAAUAAAUGAUGCAGAUAAGAUCAAUCAAGAGUCUUCAUUGAUUUCAACAUUUCAUAUCGUAAUCGUCGGUGCCGGUGUUGCUGGUCUAACUUGUGCUAGACAUUUAACACAUUUACUCAAAAAGCGACCACAUAAAAUUACAGUAUUUGAAGCACGUGAUCGAGUCGGUGGUCGAACAUUGAGUAUACCUGAGCUCAAUCUUGAUUUAGGCGCAUCAUGGAUUUUUUCGUCUCACAUUGCCGCACUUUCACUUGUAAGAGAGCUCAAUAUCAGUACAAUUGAUCAGUAUGAAAGUGGAAUAUCACUCAUUAAUACCGGAAAUAAUGGUAUUCAGCGCAUGGCCUUAGGUAACAUACACUACGGUGCUAAACGUCUUAAAGGUGGAACAGGUAGUUUGUGUGCUGCAAUACUCGCUGAACUAACUACAAAAAGUCGAACAACAGUCAAUAUAGAACUUAACUCACCAGUUAUGUCUAUUGCAUACGAAACUAACAAGACUAUUAAUAUAAAAUUACGUAACAACAAUUCAAUAUCAGCUGAUUAUGUGGUGCUAGCUCUACCGCCCAAACUAUUUAUGCCGACUAUAAACUUAACACCAGAAUUAUCAUCAUCACUCAUCAAAGAGCUCAAUGGCUGUAGUACAUGGAUGGCAUCAACAUGUAAAGCUAUUCUACAGUACGAGCAUUCAUGGUGGAAGGGUCAAAAAUUAAGCGGAUUUGCUGUAUCACGUCAUAGAAAAGUUCAGGAGUGGCACGAUGCCAGUAGCAAUAGUUGUAAUGCUCUUUUUGUUUUCUGUUUGGCUGGUACAACUAAACAAGAGGUGAUUGAUGCGACUGUCAAAAUAUUCGGUAAUGAGGCAAUGAAUCCGACCGCUGUAUACAUAAUGGAUUGGAGUAAUGAAGUAUUUACAUCGUCGUCGACAAAUGAUAGUAUCGGUGGUCAUGCAUACGUCAGUAAUGAAUGUAGAAAACCACAAUGGAACGGUCGAUUGUGGCUAGGCAACAGUGAAGUUAGCAAUAAUGAUGGUGGCUUCAUCGAAGGAGCUGUUCGAAGAGGCACACAAGUGGCUGAUCAGCUUGCAGAAUCGAUUAUUGGAAAAUGA